UUUUUGAAAUAUUUUGACAGUAAGCAUACUUACAUAAAAUAAUUUAUAUACUGAUUUUUAAAUACAUACCAAAAUGGCUACUAAGAAAAUCUUAAAAGACCAAAUGACUUUGGAUACUUCUGACAAAGCUACUAGAAGAGUGAUAGCGCCCUAUGUGAAAAUAGUUCGCAAAAGUAGGGGGGUUUUGGACAAAACUAAAGAGAGCCAAAAGUUCAGCUUUUAUUUACAAAACAAACCGAGUGUGUUGAUGCAAGAUCUUUCCUCGUUUUUGUCGGAUAGUGUUGAUUUGGCCUCAGUGUUGCAGGAAACUGCAGAAGUUUUGAAACUAGUUACAAAAGCCUACGGUGUAACUCUUUAUAUGGUUGAUACUGCUUCGGAAGAAAUCUACCAGGUUCCCAAGAAUAUAACUGAUGAAAGACACAAAGUUAAUUGGAAGAUUCAGAAAGGCAGUACACUGGCCGCGUAUGUGGCUUACAAAAAAGAAUACGUUAUGGUUGAUGAUAUCCUCUGUGACGAAAGAUUUCCUGCUGGAUUAGGAUACCAAGAUGACAUGAUCAAAUCUGUUCUAUGCGUACCCAUCGUAACGACAGAUGGCGAUUGCUACGCUAUAGUGGAAAUGUACCGAUCUGUACCAGAGCCGCCUUUCAACAAGGAAGACUUGAAGAUAUCCAUAGUGGUAUCGGGAUGGAUGGGAGCAGCCAUACACCAGAACAGACUGAGGCUGGCCUUACAGAAACAGCAAGAGUUGAACGACUACUUGCUAGAUUUGAUUAAGUGUUACUUUGCGGAUAAUGUGCCUCUGGAAAAAUUAAUUACGGAGAUUGUGAAAUUCGCCAAGGCUACAUUAGGAGCCGAACGCGGCUCCUUCUUCAUCAUCGACCCCGAGACCAGCGACAUGACGGCCGAAGUGUUCGACGAAGGCAUAGAUGGCAGCAGCACCACCAUGCACAGGAAGAACAUCAAGGUGCGUCUCUCGAAGGAUCGCAGCAUACCGGGCCUGGUGGCCAGAACGGGCGUCACUGUGAACCUGAGAGACGCCUACAACGACCCUAGGUUCUUUACCGAGGUUGAACCCAAGACCGGGUUAAUUACGAGGUCGAUAUUAUGUAUGCCGAUAGUCAGCGUUGAUAAUAUUUUAGGUGUGGUACAAGUGGUAAACAAAAUAAAUGGCGUCGUAUUUACAUCGUCUGACGAAAACUUAUUCAAGACUUUCUCUGUAUAUUGUGCUCUAGCUUUACACUACGCCAAACUGAACAAUAAAAUGCAUAAAACGGGUCUUCUAAAUGAGUCAAAUAUGCAGCUUUUAAGCCUUCAGAUAAAACCGUGUUCACACGAUAUCAUGAACUUUUUGGAGAACACAGAGGUGAAUAUACCGAGUGGCUUUGAUGAUUUUAGAUGGUAUAUCUCCGUGGAAGAAGAACCCAUUAUGCCGCAAAUGGUGUACCACAUGCUGAAAACGGUUGUUGGGUUUACAGAUAUGAACAUAGGUUUACUUGUCGAUUUUAUUUUAACAGUCCGAAAAUGUUAUAGACCAAAUCCCUACCACAAUUGGGAGCAUGCCUUCAACGUGUCACAUUGCAUGUAUAAUAUAUUGCUCAGAAAUCCUGCGUUGUUUACAGAAGUAGAGAUUAAAUCUUUAAUAAUAGCCUGUCUGUGUCAUGAUUUGGAUCAUGGUGGAUACACUAAUAACUUUCUUCAAUUAAACGACGACGUUUUAUCACAGCUCUAUGACGAAUCGUUUUUAGAAAAUCACCAUUAUCAAGUAGCGAUGACAAUAUAUAAAGUCUAUCCUUUUUACAACGUAUCAGACUCGUUGUGGCAAGAAUUAAACACAGAAAUAAGGCAGUGCAUCAUAGCCACGGACCUAGCGAAUUAUUUCAAAGUCCGUCUGAAGCUGAUGCAAGUCAAUACCAGCGACCAAGGACUGGAUUGGUCUAACAGACACCACAGACACCUUUGUAAAGCCAUUAUGAUGACGGCUUGCGAUCUGUCCGGUUCUUGCAAACCUUAUAUCGUGGCAAAAAAUCUAACUGAUAAUUUGAUUAAGGAAUUCUACAAUCAAGGCGACAGAGAAAAGGCAAUGGGCCUCACCCCAUUAUCACUCAUGGACCGUGACAAAUCAGCAAUGAUUCCCGAAGAUCAAGUUAAUUUCCUUAAUAUUAUUGUGCUACCCUGUACGGACCUGCUUAAAUCCGUGUUGCCAAAUUGUGCAGACCUCAGUGAAGAAGCAUCGCUGUUAAGAAAGACGUGGCAAGAAAUCAUAUAUUUAAAAGGCCAAAAAAGUUGGAGACAAGAAGAUUCAAUUGUAAAUCCAAUAGAUUAGAUAAACCAACAAUAACUAGCAUAUAAAUAAAUUUAUUUUGAGUAAAUAGUAUAUAA